CCCUCGGGCCUCACCGAACUGGCUUUAGUUCUGUGUGGGAGUUUGGGCUGGAUCCCUAUAACACCCCCAGCUCCUAGGGAUCCCCUACAUUCGAGGAUGACCUGGCAUUCAGGUAUUGUUUGGGGGCACAGAGGGGGCAGCCAGGGGAAGACCCUGAUCCCAAACUCACCUCUUCCCUCUCUCGUUGAGCUCAGUAGGGCUGACUUUCUUGGAGGGGCUAGAGGCCUCAGGUGGGAGGUGGACUGGACAUCCCUGGGUCCCUUUCACCUGCCUGGGCCUUCCCUCCAGCCCUAGUGUCCUCUACCCUGGUGCCCCUCCCCACAGACCCCUUCAGAGGAUCAGGGAUAGGAAGGGGCAGGAUUUGGAAGGUGUGUCAGACCCCUGUGCCCUGAGGUCGGUGCUAAUCCUUCAAGCCCGGACACCCUCCUCCCCAAGCCUGGCUUCUCCUUCCUCUUCCAUUGUCCCCUGGGGAAGAAGGUAACAAACCCGAGUGGUGAGGGGAGCUCCACGGAUGCCAUAAAAGGGGGUGACUAUUGCCACUGAGGACGGGGCCAGGAGGAAGUGGAAGUUUAACAGGUGCCUAAUUACAAGUCCCACUGGCAGCCCUGCCCCACUCUCUGGAUAGGGAAGAGCUUGGGUGAUGGCUGGGUAAUGCCUGGAUAGGCCACUCUGUCACCCCGAUAAUUAGGGUUUUGGGGACUCCUCCCCAAGGCGGGGACCUGGCCCCCUCCCUUCAUAGAAAUAACUCUGGCUGCUCCCCAGCCAGGCCCUCAGUGCACCUUCCUACCACCCCGGGGCAGUGUCUGGGCCCUCAUCCCCCCCCUCCCUCCACCCAUCCCUACACACGCACUACCACCGGCCCCACUGCCGCCGGCCCAGGGAUACGCAGCCCAGGCAGAGGAGACACGGAGCCUUAAGACAUGGGAGUUCGAGGAGCCUUCCACCUUCUGCUCAUGUGCCUGAGCCCAGCACUGCUAUCUGCUGUGCGGAUCAACGGGGAUGGCCAGGAGAUCCUGUACCUGGCAGAAGGUGACAAUGUAAGACUGGGCUGCCCCUACAUCCUGGACCCUGAGGAUUAUGGCCCCAGUGGGCUGGACAUCGAGUGGAUGCAGGUCAAUUCAGAACCUUCACAUCGGGAGAACGUGUUCCUUAGUUACCAGGACAAGAGAAUCAACCACGGCAACCUCCCCCACCUGCAGCAGAGGGUCCGCUUUGCAGCCUCAGACCCCAGCCAGUACGAUGCCUCCAUCAACCUCAUGAACCUGCAGGUCUCCGACACAGCCACCUAUGAGUGCCGGGUGAAGAAGACCACGAUGGCUACCCGGAAGGUCAUCGUCACCGUCCAAGCUCGGCCCGCCGUGCCCCUGUGCUGGUCUGAGGGCCACAUGGCCUAUGGCAACGAUGUGGUGCUGAAGUGCUUUGCCAGUGGGGGCACCCCGCCUCUCUCCUACAACUGGGCCAAGAUCAGUGGGCACACCCACCCCUACCGGGCAGGAUCCUAUCACUCGCAGCACAGUUUCCAGUCUGAGCUGUCCUAUCAGGAGUCCUUCCACAGCUCCAUCAAUCAAGUUUCAGGUGUGUUUAACGGCGAUCUGGUGUUGAAGGACAUCUCCUAUGAGGACAAUGGGCUGUACCAGUGCACGGUGGCCAACCACGUGGGCUACAGUGUGUGUGUGGUGGAGAUGAAGGUCUCAGACUCCCGGCGUGCAGGCGUGAUCGUCGGCGCAGUGCUGGGCUCUCUGCUCCUGUUGGGGUGCCUGCUGCUGGCCAUCUGGGCGCUCACCUGCUGCUGCUGUGGGGGAGCUGGCGGGUCCCGCGGGGCCUUCGGCUAUGGCAACGGCAGCAGGGUCCGCGGAGGGGCCUGCGGAGACCUGUCUAAUGAGAUCAGAGAGGACGCCGUGGCGCCCGGGUGCAAGGCCCGCGGGCGCGGCAGCCGCGUCUCCCACCUGCUGGGGUACCCGCCGCAGACCGCCCGCUGCUCCCCGCGCCGCGAGUGCGCGUCCCCGCCCUGCGGCGGCCCCGAGGACGUGGCCCUGGCGUCCCGCACCGCCGCCUGCGAGGCGGGCCCCGCCCCGGUCUACGUCAAGGUCACCUGCGCCGAGUCCGAGGACGGCGCCCGGGGGUCGCGGCUGGGCAAGGACGGCCUGGUGGUGUGAGCGCCCGCCCGCUGCGUUGCGCUCCGCCGAAGAGGGGGCCCCCCGGCUUCCCGCCCGCGGCUCGGGACGCGCACCGGCUGCGCGGACCCCGCCUGCCCAGGCCGCCCGGAGGCUGCGGACCGAAGGCACUUUCCUCGGGACAUGAGUGGGAGGCAGAGCCUGCUCCCCAAAGCGGGGGGCGGGGCGGGGGGAAAGGCUCCCCCACGCUCUCACUUCCCUGGCCCCGGGGCUCCGGGAGGAGGAGGGGGCGUGCCGGAGAGGUCGGUGUCCCCAGCCAAAGCCCAGGUCCCCAGGCCGGGCGGGUGGGUUCUGGCCCGAAUUGUUCCGUGUGAGAUCCGAGCUCUGAGCGGCAGUGUUAGCGCAAUAAAGACCCGAGGACGACGGGCGGCUGUGGUUCGCGGAGGGCUGGGCCGGGCCUUGGCGGAGGCUGGCUUCGGUGUGUGGUCCUGCUUCGCCCCGCACCGUUUCCUCCUCACUGCGCAGAUGGGGAACUGAGACCCCUGCGGCUGGAUUGAAAUCCAGAAUCCCACUUUUCUCUUUCUAGAAGGUCAGGACGGGGCGGGAGGACGCGGAGCUUGCAGGGAUGACCUCUGUGAAUGUUCCCAGACCAUUCUAUCAGCAUCAUUCUUCCUCCUGCCCUCAUGCGCCAAUUCUGACUUUCCCGUCUCUCCCAGAUGUAGCCUUCCCUCCCAGCAACUAGGAAGGGUUCCAGUCAUACUCUGGGUAGAAAGACCCUGGAGGUCA